GGACACUAUCCCCUCAUCAAGGUCAUCAGUGAAGAUACUGAACAAGUCUGGAUCCAGCACUGCCUCCUGGGGACUACUGCUAGUCACAGCUCUCCAACCAGACUCUGUGCCACUGAUCACCACCUUCUGAGCUCAACCAGUUCUCAACCCACCUCACCAUUCACUCAUUUAUCUCGCAAUAUCACAGUUUUGUUAUCAGCACGUCAUGGGAGUCAGUAUCAAAAAGCCUUGCUGAAAUCAAGAAGCCGAGGACAGCACUUCUUAGAAGUCCAGCAGCUGGUUCUUUCAGAAAUGUUUCAGUGAUGAGACGCACACAAAUCCUGAAUCUGCCAAUAUGUUGCGGACUCAGCACGUGUCUCUAACAGUUAAAAAGACAGAAGCAGUCUCCGCCAGCCAAAAAACCAGCAAAAGUAUUUCACAAUGGAUGUAGAUGAUGAAGAAAACAUGACACCGAAAGGAGUAACCUAUCGAGCUUUUGCUGAAGGAUGUUAUAAAUGAAAAUUUAGUAACCAUUCCAUCGGCUUUGUAAGCUGGGCAAAGUGAUGUGUGCAUGGAUCCUGCAACAAAGGCAUUGUAAGUUACUCUUUCUGGGCACCGCAGGUUCAAGCAGCACUGAUGUUAAAGAAAACCGCAACAUGGACAACGUUCCCCCCAAGGAUGGCAGUAUGCAAGGCACCGGGGAGGGGGCUCAGCUCUCCAAUGGUGGCAACAGCAGCAGCAGCAGAAAGCGGCCUUUGGAGGAAGGCAACAAUGGCCACUCCAAAUUUCGCCCUAAGAAGAGGAAGAAAACACCAGGUCCUGUUUUGCCAAAGAAUGCACUGAUGCAACUUAACGAGAUCAAACCUGGUUUACAGUACAAGCUGCUGUCCCAGACAGGGCCAGUUCACGCCCCAAUGUUUGUGAUGGCUGUUGAGGUUAAUGGACAGGUGUUUGAGGGUUCUGGCCCCACAAAGAAGAAAGCCAAGCUCCAUGCUGCUGAGAAGGCUCUGCGGUCAUUUGUCCAGUUCCCAAAUGCAUCAGAAGCACACCUGGCCAUGGGGAGGACUCUCUCGGUCAACACAGACUUCACCUCUGACCAGGCAGACUUUCCUGACACGCUUUUCAACGGAUUUGAAACUCCGGUUCCUUCUGAUGCUUCCUUUUACCUAGGGUCCAAUGGGGAUGGCUCCUUUGGCUCCAGCAGGGAGUAUGGCCUGUCAUCAGCUGCUGUGGCAAGUAGCCUUACCCAAUUGCCUCUCCCUGCAUCGCUGCCAUACCCGACUGCAAGUGGGAAGAAUCCUGUAAUGAUCCUGAAUGAGCUGCGACCAGGCCUGAAGUAUGAGUUUCUGUCAGAGAGCGGGGAGAGCCAUGCAAAAAACUUUGUCAUGGCUGUUGCUGUAGAUGGGCAAACAUUUGAGGGAUCGGGAAGGAAUAAAAAGCUUGCAAAAGCUCGGGCUGCUCAGUCAGCCCUGGCAUCCUUGUUUAACAUGCAGCUGGACCAGACUCCAUCUAGACAGCCCAUUCCUAGUGAGGGGCUCCAGUUACAUUUGCCGCAGGUUUUAGCUGAUGCUGUUGCACGCUUGGUUGUAGAUAAAUUCAGUGAUUUGACAGAAAAUUUCACAUCUCCACAUGCACGUAGAAAAGUCCUUGCUGGAAUUGUCAUGACAACAGGUACAGAUGUGAAAGAUGCUCUGGUAAUAAGUGUUUCUACAGGAACAAAAUGCAUCAAUGGUGAAUACAUGAGUGAUCGUGGUCUUGCAUUAAAUGAUUGCCAUGCAGAAAUUAUAUCUCGCCGGUGCCUGCUUAAAUUUCUGUAUACACAACUUGAGCUUUAUCUAAGCAAUAAAGAUGAUCAGGAAAAAUCCAUUUUUAUCAAAUCAGAGCGAGGAGGUUUUAAACUGAAGGAGAAUGUGCAGUUUCAUCUUUAUAUCAGCACAUCUCCUUGUGGAGAUGCUAGAAUUUUCUCACCACAUGAAGCAGCACAAGAGGAUCAAGGGGACAGACAUCCAAACCGCAAAGCGAGGGGACAGCUACGAACAAAAAUAGAAUCUGGGGAAGGGACGAUCCCUGUGCGCUCCACUACCACUAUCCAGACAUGGGAUGGAGUAUUGCAAGGAGAAAGGCUACUUACUAUGUCAUGUAGUGACAAGAUAGCAAGGUGGAACGUAUUGGGUAUUCAAGGAGCCUUACUUAGCCUCUUUGUGGAGCCAAUUUACUUCUCUAGCAUCAUCUUGGGGAGUUUAUAUCAUGGGGAUCAUCUAUCCAGAGCCGUAUACCAGAGGAUAGCAGAGAUAGAAGAUCUACCACCUCUUUAUACACUCAACAGACCUUUACUUAGUGGUAUUAGCAAUGCAGAAGCACGCCAACCAGGGAAAGCACCAAACUUCAGUGUAAAUUGGACAGUGGGAGACGCUGGUCUUGAAAUUAUUAAUGCUACAACUGGCAAAGAUGAAAUGGGACGUGCAUCUCGCCUCUGUAAGCAUGCUUUGUACAGCCGCUGGAUGCGUAUUCAUGCAAAGCUUUCAUCCAGCUUGCGCUUGAAGAUCUUAAAGCCCAACCUGUACCACGAAACCAAGCAAGGAGCCACCGAGUAUCAAACUGCCAAAGAGUGUUUAUUUAAAGCAUUCCUGAAGGCGGGACUUGGAGCAUGGGUGGAGAAACCCAUAGAACAGGAUCAGUUUUCACUCACUGUCUAAUGCACAGACUGCACAACAGUUUGGAAAGGGAGUCACUUUGGAAAUCCUGGUGUCCAGCAUUGCUUUCUGGCACUUCCACGCCUGUUAAAACAUCUUUUUACUGUUUGGAGCCAUCAAUUUUUCUUUUUUGAAACUUGGUAGUAACUGUCUAGGUUUUGCCUAAGUGUUGAAACUCAAUAAUAAUCUGACACAUAAUUGUAUAUUUUGUUAUGGGAAAGUAAUUUCUGGUGUAUUUCUAGAAAUACUUUUACUGUAGAAAAUCUGCAGUAAGGGUGUCCUCACAGUAUACAAUGACUCAUUUUUUCUGGGUUAAAAUAGUUGCUUUUUUAAUUCAGUGUCAUCAAGUGCAUGAAGAAAUGAAUAUUUCUUUAGAUUUUACACCACACUUUUAAGAAGUAGCUUAAUUUUUUAAAAGGAAAAUAGGCAACAAAGUAGAUCCUUCACCUCUGUUUUUGAAUUGCAGGUGGUGUUAGCAUAUAGAUAACUAAGUCAGAAUGAAGUCUGGACAACUAGUUUUCCCCACUCCUUUGCUCUUUAAAACCAGCUGCUGAGAAAUUCACGUCUUUGAUGUAUGUAUUUAUUAGUCUGUGAUCCCAUUUUUAACAUGCAGCUUUCUAUUCCGGUUUUAAAAAUACAGUUACCUCCCAUUUACACACAUUGUGAAGUCUUUUUCUUUUCAACCAUUAUAAACUGGAAACAACAAAAUGAUUAUUUGUAAGUUAAGAAGUUUAGUCUAUAAUGUGCAGAACACUGUUUAGAAGUAGGUGAUUUGUAUAUCCUUUGAAGUCAUUAGAACACAAUAAUAACUACAACAUGACAACUUAGAAAAAUGUGCUCAUUUUGAGGUCACUAAGCUUGAAUGGCCAAAAAAAGUCACUCAGUGAACGCUAAUUGCUCUCUCUUUGAGGAAAGGAAAAGCACUUGUAUGGACAAAAAAGUUGUUAAAACUUCUUUUCUGCUUUCAUUCAAGUUGUUAUGUCCUUUUUAAGAUUUCAUUACCUUUUGGUUUUACAUGUGUGAUGGUCUUCAUGAAAGUAAUUAGGUAAGUUGCUCUUAAAUGUGGUUUAAUUUGCUUUGACAAUUAGUUAGGUCUUUUUCAUAAAGAUGUAAGCACUUCAGCUUUAUGUACAAAUGUAAAAUAGAAAGAAAAUAUUUUAAGAUUUGUUUGACUAGCUGGUGUACUGAAGGCACUUUUAAAAACUCUUUUUAGUAUUUGCUUGUGGAUUAGAGAAUGUCUGAAACCAAUUAUCUGCCCCCAGAGUCUGUCCAAACACGUUCUGUGGCUCAUACCUAUUCAAGUGUCGUGCUUGCUUUCUGGAAGGUCCCUUGGUGAUCAUCGUUCUUUUGCAAACAGUGAAGGUGAUGUUCCUUGACACAGAAGUUUGUGACACAAAACCUAAGCCAAGUAUGUUGAAGCUGAUGGGCCCUGUCCCUCAGCUCUGCCUCCCCACUUCUUGCCUGUGCUGUGCUGGACAUCAGAUCCAUGGGUUGGUCCAUACUUUGAAGUCAAGUUAGGGGUUGCUUUUAGACCCAUGCUGGGUCAGAUAUGCACCUUUGGGUUGUGUUGGAACAUCUGUGGAGGAAGGGAAGUUGAGCAGAGCAAUCCCUUCGGCCAGCUCUAUGGCUAAAGCCUUUGCCUUCUGAAACUUAAAUUACCGUUCCUCAGACCAAGCAUAUCUGGAGGAGUUACCUACUACUUGGGCCAUCGGAGGCUUUGUAGAAACCACUUCUAUCUUAUCAUGAACACCAAAGAGACAUGCUGCUUUGUUAUUGAGGAACCCAUUUUCAACUUCAAAAAACGGUCAGGCCUGGUAAAUCACUGGUGCGUUAGUUUCAGCCUCUGGAUUAGUGUCUUGGAAGUGGUGUGUUGAGACACGACUGGUGUGCUUUUGAUGGUAUUUCAGAUAAUAGCAAGCACUGCUACAGGAAGGCAAUAAAUCUGUGGUCUAGUGAUCCCUUCAGAAAAGACUGAUGCUUCCAGAGGCUACCAAGGUUUCCAGGUGCCAGUUGAACAAAUGUGCGCUGUAGUGGACAGGCUGGCAGCUUAAGCUGUCCUGUCUGUUUCUGCAUUAAAACCAAGAGUAUUCUUUUGGCCUCUGCCAGCCCCACGAAGCAGUUUCUGAGUGCAGUCUAGGCUUUUGCCAUUGUCAUCUCACUGAGGUUCAGACUAACUUAUUCUUAAGCUAAAAGUAAUCAAAUGGUUUUUGGUCAAAAUUUGCAAGUGGUUGGUCAUUUUCUUUUGAGAUCAGUCUCAUCUUUUUCAUGUUGCAGAAAUGCCUUUAUGGCUGUAGAUAAAUCUGUGCAUACAUUUUGCAGGACUGGGGGAAAGCUGAUUGCUCUGUGUGCGUUGUCUUGGGAUCAUUAAGUAUGUAUUUCAUACUAGGUGAAGUACACAUUUUUAAGGGACUCAGUCUGUUGAUAAAUGGCUAGUUUAUAAUUUCAAACAAAUAAUUUUUACCCAUCUUUCUGAAGUACUCGAUCUGUCUUUGGAGUUGUUUUGAACACUAGGAAAGGACUAGCUCAAACUAUUUUUUGUACAGAGUCACAAAUAUGAGCAAUAUAUUUCAGUAUUAUUAUAGACAUAGUUUUUUAAGAGCUGUUCAAAUGAAUAAUUUUAAUUAAACUGUAAAGGAAAGCUGUUCCAUGCCACAGUCUUUUGAUGAAGGAAUGGUGUCAAAGUAAGAAGUUUUCUAGGGUUGUAUGCAAUCCAUAUCUGUCUUGUGGGAGUCAAUAAAAUACUGCUUGGCUUCCUUCA